AUGAUUGGUGGAUCAGCUGAUAUUGAUAUUUGCAAAAUACCCCUUUCAAAUGAUACAAUCCAUCGCAGAAUUAAAGAUAUGUCAGAAAAUAUUGAGCAAAAUACUGCAAAAACUCUUGCAAAUUCGAAUUUUGCUCUACAAGUCGACGAAACAACAGAUAUUACAGGAAAUGCUCAAUUAAUUGCAUUCGUUAGAUUUAUUCACGAAAAUGAUAUAAUUAAUCAAUUUUCAUGUUGUCGGGAGUUAUCUGAUUUUACAACUGGUAAACAUAUUUUUCAAGUAAUUAGUUCAUAUUUAGAAGAAAUUAAAGUUUCUUGGAAGUCAUGUAUUGGCAUUUGCACAGAUGGUGCUCCAGUUAUGACUGGACAUCUAAAAGGAUUGGUAGCAUAUGUUAAAGAACUGAAUGAAGAUAUUUUAGUUACCCAUUGUUUUUUGCAUCGAGAAGCACUUGUUACAAAAUUUUUGCCAUCAGAUUUGAAAAUAGUUCUGGAACAAUGUGUUAAAAUGGUUAAUUAUAUCAAAUCAAGACCAUUAAAAAGUAGAUUAUUUAGUAAAUUAUGCCAAGCUAUGGAAGCCAAGUAA